AUGGGAGCACAAAUCACCGAGCUCACACUAUCAGUGAGUUGCCACUGCGAGAAAAAAAUAAAAAAAGAAGUUGUGAUAAUUACUGGAGCCAAUACAGGAAUUGGAUAUUAUACGGCUUUAGAUCUAGCAGCUAAAGGAGCCAGAGUUAUAUUAGCCUGUCGCCAUGAAGGCAAGGGUUUGUCAGUUCGAGAUAGAAUCAUUACCUCAACUGGUAAUUCGAACGUGGUCUACAAACAUCUGGACUUAUCAUCGUUAACUUGUGUAAGAACCUUUGCGAAUGAUGUAAUUAGAACAGAAGACCGACUAGACAUACUUAUAAACAACGCAGGAACGUAUGGCGCUAGCGACAAGUAUACAGAAGACGGAAUAGUCGAAGGACUUCAAGUGAAUUACUUCGGGCACUUUCUACUUACACUUCUUCUAUUUAAUUUACUGAAAAAAUCAAAACCUAGUAGAAUAAUUAACGUCAGUUCAAUUCUACAUUAUUACGGAUUCAUAAAAAUUGAUCAUAUCAACGAAAUCGGAAGAAAAGACCUCAUUACAUAUAUUAACAGUAAACUAUGCAGUGUUUUGUUCUGUGUUGAGUUUGCAAGACGAUUUCAUGGAAGUGGCGUGGUGUGUAACUCCGCACACCCGGGUAUGAUCGACACAGCGAUAAGUGCUCAAGCGAAUUUCUUCUUCAAGUGGAUGUUUAAGAUUUGCUGCUGGAUAUGCUACAGAAGUACUGAAGAAGGCGUCCGGACUAUCACACACCUUGCGGUAUCGAAAGAAUGUGAAAAUAUUUCGGGAAAAUUUUACAUGAAUUGUGUACCACGAUAUUUGUUCCCCAAUGCACGCAAUCCUUCCGUAGCGAGUAGUCUCUGGAGUCUUUCGGAGGAGCUGGUCGGUACAAAACUUGUACAAAGUCAUUUAUAA